CGCGCUGUCCUCUGCUGCUCCGCUCCUGCUCCUCCUCUCAGUGCUGCUGCUGCUGCUGGUGCUGCUUUCGGUGCGGCAGCAGAAGCAGCAGCUGGCGAGCUUUCCCUCUCUCCUCUUUCCCUUCUUCUCUCUCUCUCUCUCUCUCUCUCUCGGGGCCAGUUGUGGGCCGGCCUGCCUCCUUGCUGGCUCGCUCGCUCGCAGCAUCCUCUCGUGAUCCCUCUUCGGAGCGGGGCGGAGGAGAAGGGAGCCACGGGCCAAGCUGCGCCUUUUGGGCUCCAAUCUCUCUCUCGCCAUCCGCUUGCGAUCCGCCACCGCUCGCUGCAGAACCCGCCGGGGCCUCUAGAGGGCGCGCUGCCUGAAGCCCGCUAAGGACAGAGUGGUCAGCUGAAGGGGGGCUCGCUCUUGCACUCUUCCCCCAGCCACUGCUUGGGCUGCCUUUGGGCGCUCGCUGGAGGGAGCAGGCUGAUCUCACAUCACUAGGAAGGGAGUUCCACAGUCGGAGGCCACCAUCGAGAAGGCACUGUCUCUCAUCUCCACCAGCCACACUGUGGAGGAGCUGGGACUGAGAGCCGGACCUACAAAGAAGAUCUUAACAACCAUCCUGGUUCAUAGGAGGAGAUGGGUUUGGACAGAGAAACACCUUACAACACAAAUGCCAAAGUCUUGUGGGAACUGAGCAACUCGGCCCUUUGCAGCACAUCCUUGUUAUAUCAUGGGACCGGACGUUGGGUUCUUCAGCACCAGUCUGCUUCAUAUCAUCGUCUGGGGAGGCUUGGCAGCCAUGACAAUGCUCCUGGUUUUGAUUUUUCUCAUCUUCCUUUGCUCAAGUUGUGACAGGGAGAAGAGGCCCAAGCAGCUGAAUGGCGACCAUGAAAAUCUGAUGAAUGUGCCUUCAGAUAAAGAGGCAUUUAGUCACUCAGUCACAAGUCUAGCUACAGAUCCACUGGCUAGUAGUGAACAGAAUGGAGGACUCAGUAAUGGUGAUGUUCUUUCUGAAGAUAGUACAACUGCUUGUAUCCAGCCUUAUGAAGAAGUACAGACCUCUGUCACAGACCUUCUGGAACCACAAGACAGUCUGGGGAGGUCUUUGAAAUGCCAUCAGAGCAGGGAGCUCCCCAGGAUUCCUCCAAAUAAUGCCAUAGACACUAUUUUGUCUACCAGAAGUACAGAAAAUGAUCAGGGUCUGGGAAUGGAGGGCCCUUACGAAGUGCUGAAAGACAGCUCCUCCCAAGAAAACAUAGUUGAAGACUGUUUGUAUGAAACUGUGAAGGAAAUUAAAGAACUGGGAGCAACAUCCAGCACAGAGAAGUGCAAGCCAAAAACUGCAGUGCUUGUUAAUGGAAGUCUAGGCCAUGUUCUGGCACCCAAGGUUGAAUCGGCAGAGUAUGCCUCAGUUGACAGAAAUAAAAAAAGCCGCCAGAGUGCAAAUUCAGAGAGUCCUCUUAGCAACACUCCAGACGUGGAAGAUGAACCACCGCCUCCAGUGCCCCUGAAACUCCUUGAUGAAAAUGAAAAUGUACAGGAGAAGGAGGUCGAGGAGGAGAAAGAGGCAACUGAAGGGCCCAGUGACCCUGACAAGAGGCUUAGUUCAUUGUCUUACAAAUCUCGAGAAGAUGACCCCUCACUUACAGAAGAAGAGAUUUCAGCAAUGUACUCCUCUGUAAAUAAGCCAGGGUUGGCCACCAGAGACUUGGAGCCUGCAUACACAUGUAUUCCGGAAAUUGCACCUCAAAAGUCGCCCUCAAUUUGCAGUGGCCUCUAUGCUAGUGUGAAGGACUUGGAAAAUACCCCAAACAUAACUACCUUUUCUCAGUCAGGAGAAAGACUAAAUGGGGAAUUAGAGCCAGACUAUGAAGCGAUUCAGACUGUACAUCGCGAUGAAGACAGAAAUGGCUUGGUCCCACACAGCAGCCAAUCGACCCUCUCACAAGAGAAUGACUAUGAGAGCAUUGGGGACUUGCAGCAACACAAGGAUGUCACGAGGCUUUAAUGAAUGACUAUGAGAGCAUUGGGGACUUACAGCAACACAAGGCUGUGGAGAUGGACUUUAUCAGCAUCAGGAGAUCAAAGGGGGACUUACCUCGUGUCUUUAUCACUUUUAAACAGGUGAACAAGUGAAAUUGUGUCCAUGGGAAAGGGAGCAUUUUAUAUGAAGGCAGCUGAUACAAAAUCGCAAAAUAGGGUGUCUGAUUUGGGAUGGUUGCUUCACACAUGGCAAAUGACCUUAUAUGUGUGAGCUCCUAAAAGGGAUGAUUUUCCAUUUAAAAGACAAAGAGAUGCCAAGUAGAAGAUUAGCCUUUCGAAAAUACUAUUUACAUAUUUGGCCAAUAUGACCAAAGUUGAUUACAUCAUAAUUAAAGUUGAAAUGCAACAUUUGGUAAAAAGUGCCAUGCUUGACACUUGCCUUUAUUUGGGACUGGGAAUCAUGUGGUUCUCCAGAAAAUGCAGGAUUGCAUAUACCAUCACUCUUAUCUCACAUCAGGAGUUCUACGUGAUUCACAUCCAUGUCCUAUAUAUAGAAAUGGUCUGGAGGGAGCAUGCAUAUUCAUGCUGUCACUUAAAAAUCAAGAUCUCAAUUGUCCUCAAAAUGUUACUUUGUCAUCCAUUUGAAACACAUUAUUACAUUAGAUUUGGGAGCUGUAAGCUGUCUUUUGCUGCAAGCCUGCAUGGCUCGGCAUCGUGUAGUAAUUCCCAAUGUGGAACUAUGCUAUUCUUUUUGGACCUACCAAGGAGCUGCUGAAACCCCUCAACCAAGGCUGUUCAUGCCUAGAAGAGAGUGCAUUUUCUGUGUCCCUAUAGCCAGACAUUAAGCAAUGCCAUCAACCACUGAAGUCUGCCAGGUCUCAGCAGCUGAUGUAGUCAUUCCACAACUGGUUACAAGGACAUAGCCAGACGCUUUUGCAAUGAGCCACAGAACAAUACUAGGUGGAUUGUAACGGCUAGUAUAUACAGUAUUGUUUGAUUGCAAAUUAAGGUACACAUGCAAAGAGCUUAUUUUCAGUGAUAUGUUUAAUAUAACUGUAGGGCUUUGGGCAUUGUUAGCAAACAUGCAAACCUGACUUUAUUAAACACUUUUACCUUUGCCUUGUCCUGAAAAAA